AUGUCAUCUUCAAAUGAUGUAGUAGUAGCAGGAGGAGGAGGAGAAGAAGAAGAACAACAAGUUUGGUUAUUAUCAGAAAAAGGAGAUCAAAUAUUGGAUUCACUAUUACUCAAUAUACAUCAAUUCACAAAACAAGUACUAUCAAUGCAUUGGGAUCCUGUUCAAUUACAUACUGUCUUACCAACUAAAACAGUUGAUACCUAUUCAUCUGGUUUCUCUGAACAUAUCUAUGGUUCUGAUACUCCUUUACCUCUUAAAUAUCAACCAAAAAGAAAUGAUCAACAACUACAACAACAAGCUGAUACAAAUCAACAACAAUCACAACAACCAACAGAUAUAUAUACCAACAUGUUUAAUCAUUUCAAUUUAAAUGAUCCAAAUGAACAUUUGGACAGAGCUGUAUUUGAAAAGGAUACAUCAAAGACAAAAGAAGUUGGAGAACAAUGUUUGGAACAACUACGAAAGUUAACCACCGUCGUAAACGGUAUUGUAAAUUUAGAACUAUCAUCACUAUCAAAGAAAAAUAUUCGUAAACAACAACUACAACAACAACAAAAGGAAACUGAAAUCAAAGACAUUGAACAACAACAAAAAAUAGAAGAUAUAGAAAUGCAAAGUACAUCAACUACUACGACGACGACGGCAAUAGCUGAAACUACCACCACCACCACUACUACAAUGACCAAUCUUGGUGAUCAUGAAUCAAAGGUAAUUCAAGGCAUCAUCGAUGAAUCAAAACAAAAAAGAAAAGAAUUAUCAGAUUUAAAGCAUGAGGCACACAAAAGAGAUUUAAUAAUUAAAAAGUUAAUUGAUCAAAUGAGACUUUUACAAUUAAGCAUAAAUACAAUGAACAAGGUAUCUAUACCUUCAGAUUAA